CUCUGUUUUGAUGUGCAUGAUCUAUAGUAGGCAACGAUGUUAAAACGAUAUUUAAUAUUCGAGUACCACGUUUACCUUUUAGAAUGUGGACGUAUUUUUAAUUAACGUUUAACUAAUCUAAAAUAAGACAAAAGCAUUGUUGAUAUGGCUAGACAACGAAGAAGUCAAGUUAUCGCAGGUAGCGAAUGCAAGAAUAACGGCAAAGAUAAAUGCACAAACAGUAGUAGCAGCAAUGGUAGCAAUCCACCAAAAGUCGCUCAAAAAAGGAAUGGUAUAUUAACUUACUGGAAGCAUUUCAUUGGAUGCAUUUGUUUUGGAAUUGCGGCAAGCGUUGGCUACAUGGGAUAUCUGGAAACCAGAGUAAAUACGCCGUACGAUGAUAAAAAAAUGGUGGUAAAAAGUGGCCUAGAUAUUCCAGAGCGAUUUUGGGGUACCUACAGGCCUGGUGUGUAUUUUGGUUUAAAAACAAGAGAUCCGUAUUCUUUGGUCACUGGCUUGAUGUGGUAUUUCCCGAAACGAUUGAGACCAGGUGGUGAUGGUAUUAGGCAUUGGUGUGAACAAGGAGACGGUCUUGAAAAGUAUGCAUGGUUACAGCACGAUGGAAGUAACUUUGGUGUACAAGAGAUACAAGAUGGCCCAUUUUUACUAAGAACCUCAUUUGUUAAACGUUUAGGAGGAAAUCAUGGUGGAGAUUGGACUGUGCGAAUUGAAGUUGAUGUUAAGAAUAAGAACCAAAUUUCCAAAGGUGAAGAAGUUUCCCUAAUAUGGUAUACCGCUUUAGACGAAAACUCUAAAGGGAAUAUCGAAACUAGUAACACAGGAAGUUCACUAACUGGUGUGAGAGGUGACACACCAGGCUUAGGAGAAUUUACCAUUAAACUAUUCAAUUUCACCGGUACAGUUAGCCAUGAAUCGUACUUAAGUACUGUAGCCCCGGGUUUGCACUUACUUAAAGAAACUGUUAUAUCAUCCUUGAGGUUAGCUCAAGAUAAACCCAAUGCCUCUAAGCGCGUAGUACUAGCUGGCGAACUUCUACCAGCAACUGGUGGAACGAAGGUUCCCCCUAAUUUUAUUGCCACUCAAGUGACCGGUAAAAUUCCAUUUGCUUUAGAUGUUACAUUUGAAUCGGGAAGUUUUGGCACUAGACAGAAUACCUUAGUUGGGCAGACUUAUACCGAGACGUUAUCGUGGCAUCAGACUAGAUUUGAUCAGAGAUUUGAAGAUACAUUUCAUUUAAAAAGAAAAGGGUACCAAGCGAAGGAAAUAUAUUUUGCACAAACCGCUCUAAGUAAUAUGGUAGGUGGAAUCGGGUACUUUUAUGGAACAUCGCGUGUACAAAGUGUUUACACCAAAGAACCAGUACCUUAUUGGAAAGCUGCAUUAUACAGUGGAGUGCCAUCUAGGAGCUUCUUUCCCAGAGGAUUUCUUUGGGACGAAGGUUUUCAUGGCAUUCUCAUAGCAGCUUGGGAUCUUGAUAUUGAAUUAGACAUUAUUUGCCAUUGGUUCGAUUUAAUGAACGUAGAAGGAUGGAUACCUCGUGAGCAAAUCUUGGGGGUCGAAGCUUUGGCUAAAGUGCCGGAAGAGUUUGUUACGCAAAGAAAUACUAAUGCUAAUCCACCGACCUUUUUUAUUACGCUCAAUUAUAUUUUACGUAAUUAUAAAGACGAACUGACAAGCAGUCGGUUUGCUAUUCUGGAACGACUUUAUCCUAGACUGCAGGCUUGGUUUACUUGGUUCAAUACGACUCAAAAAGGAUUGGAUUUUGGCACAUACAGAUGGCAAGGACGUGAUCAUUUAACAAACCGCGAAUUAAACCCGAAAACCCUAACUUCUGGAUUAGAUGAUUAUCCUAGAGCAUCACAUCCCACAGAAAAGGAACGACAUAUUGAUAUAAGGUGCUGGAUUGCACUAGCCGCAGACACUCUUGCAAAUCUUGCCGAUUUAUUAGGAAAAACCAGUUACAAGUAUCACGAAACAUAUUCUUAUUUAUCCGACAAUCAGCUUAUGGAUAAACUCCAUUGGUCAGAUUACGCGCAAAUCUAUGCAGACUACGGUUACCAUACCGACUCUGUAGCACUCAGAAGGCCGAAAAUAACACCCCGCUCUCAAACUCCACAAAACUUAGAGAUGGUUCGAGUGACUCUUAAAAAUCCGGAAUACCGUCUAGUGGAUUCCAGCUUUGGUUACGUUAGUUUAUUUCCAUUCCUAUUAAAACUGUUAAAUCCCGAUUCUCCCAAGCUAAAUAAGACAUUGAUUGAUAUUCGUAAUCCCAGUUUACUGUGGACCGAUUUUGGAUUGCGGUCACUUUCCAAAACAUCACCACUUUAUAUGAAAAGGAACACCGAGCAUGAUCCUCCAUAUUGGAGAGGUCCAUUGUGGAUUAAUAUUAACUUUCUCGCAGCAAUAGCUUUACACCAUUAUUCGGUUACGGAAGGACCUUAUCAGUCACAGGCCACCGAAAUUUAUGGACAAUUACGUAAUAAUAUUAUUAAAAAUGUUAUUAGGCAAUACUAUUCUUCGGGUUAUAUUUGGGAGCAAUAUAGUGAUACGACGGGCGAAGGUAGUGGUUGUCGACCAUUUACGGGAUGGUCCGCGCUUGUUGUUUUACUGAUGGGAGAGCACUACUAAGUAAAUUUGUAGUAAAAUAAGUAGGUAAAAACACUUUUUUAGGUCGCACAAAUAUGUUACGUAGUUUUAAUAAAAGGUAAAAUAAAUAAAGUUACCAAUGGUAGGAGACUACAAUAGAGUUCACGUUUUACGGUGGUUGGAAGCUGAGUAUCCAAUUUUAAAAUACUUGUUUCGUUUAUACUUUUUUCCUGUUUCAAUUCCUGAUUGCAUUUAAAUGAAUCAUUUUUAAAAAAAAGCUGUGUUUCUGUUAAAUUUAUUUAAAACUUGUUGAAUGUGAAUAAAAGUGAUAUCCUAAGUGCG